AUGAUGUCCAUCAAGGCAUUGCGAAGCGCUGUUUCGGCGAGCGUUCGCGUGGGCACUGUCGCCCGUGCGCAGCAGGCCCGGGUUGCUUUCCCCCUCAUCUCCACAGCCAGGAAGUACCACGAGAAUGUGCUUGACCAUUACGAGAACCCCCGCAACGUGGGAUCGCUGGACAAGUCCAAGAAGACUGUCGGUACCGGCGUUGUUGGCGCACCAGCCUGCGGCGACGUCAUGAAGCUUCAGAUUGAGGUGGAUGAUGAGGGGCGCAUUGUGGAGGCUAAGUUCAAGACGUUUGGCUGCGGCUCCGCCAUUGCUUCCAGCUCCCUGGCCACAGUCAUGCUCAAGGGCAAGACGCUGGAUGAGGCCAUGUCCAUCAAGAACACAGACCUCGCUAAGGAGCUGCGGCUACCCCCCGUCAAGCUGCACUGCUCGAUGCUUGCUGAGGAUGCCAUCCAUGCGGCCAUCAAGGAUUACACCACCAAGAACGAGGCCCAAGCCACCACAGCCUGA